GGGGGGCGAGCGGGGGGAGGAGGAGGAGAGCGAGGCAGAAGAAGAACUACCUUGAAAAAAAGACCGGAAUAAUUUAGCAGAAGAAGAGACGAGGAAGAAGGAAGUGUGCCGGCCGAAGGGAGGAAACAGGAAUCAAGGAAGUCAAGGGAUCAAGGAAGUGUGAAGGAGAGGAGAAGAUGCCGCUGGCUCAGCUGGCCGAUCCCUGGCAGAAGAUGCCUCUGGGGGGGACGACGGGAGAGGACGCACAUCACGACGCCGACGACUCGGCUGGUGACGACGACUUGAUGCUGGGAUGCACGGACGACGUGCCGAUCAAGGAGAUCAGCAUCACUCAUCACGUGAAGGAAGGAUCGGAAAAGGCCGACCCGCGACAGUUCGAGCUCCGCAAAGUCCUCGGGCAAGGCUCCUUCGGCAAGGUCUUCCUGGUGAGGAAGGUCACGGGGCCGGACGCCGGUCAGCUCUACGCCAUGAAGGUCCUGAAGAAGGCGACGCUGAAAGUGCGCGACCGGGUCAGGACGAAGAUGGAGAGAGACAUCCUGGUGGAGGUCAACCACCCCUUCAUCGUCAAGCUGCACUACGCCUUUCAGACGGAGGGGAAGCUCUACCUGAUCCUGGACUUCCUCAGAGGAGGAGACCUCUUCACCCGCCUCUCCAAGGAGGUGAUGUUCACGGAGGAGGACGUGAAGUUCUACCUGGCAGAGCUCGCGCUGGCCCUCGAUCACCUGCACGGCCUCGGCAUCAUUUACAGGGACCUCAAGCCAGAGAACAUCCUGCUGGAUGAGGAGGGACACAUCAAGCUGACUGACUUCGGCCUCAGCAAGGAGUCGAUCGACCACGAGAACAAGGCCUACUCCUUCUGCGGGACGGUGGAGUACAUGGCCCCCGAGGUGGUGAACCGCAGGGGCCACACGCACAGCGCCGACUGGUGGUCCUACGGCGUGCUCAUGUUCGAGAUGCUGACGGGAACGCUGCCGUUUCAGGGAAAAGACCGGAAAGAGACGAUGACCAUGAUCCUGAAGGCCAAGCUGGGGAUGCCACAGUUGAGCUCAGAAGCUCAGAGUCUCCUGAGGACUUUCAAACGCAAUCCGUCCAACAGAUUAGGAGCUGGACCGGACGGCGUGGAGGAGAUCAAGAGGCACCCGUUCUUCAGCACCAUCGACUGGAACAAGCUGUUCCGCAGAGAGAUUCCUCCUCCUUUCAAACCGGCCUCGGGACGACCUGACGACACCUUCUACUUUGAUCCAGAGUUCACAGCCAAAACCCCGAGAGACUCUCCGGGGGUUCCUCCCAGCGCCAACGCCCAUCAGCUGUUCAGGGGGUUCAGUUUCGUGGCGAUAACAGAAGAGGACACGCAGCCGAUCCCCAGCACGAUGGUGCAGCAGCUCCACAGAAGCACGUCGCAGUUCUCGGACGCUUACGACAUCAAAGAGGACAUCGGCGUCGGCUCGUACUCCGUCUGCAAGCGCGCCGUGCACAAAGGGAGCGGCAUGGAGUACGCCGUCAAGAUCAUCAGCAAGACCAAGAAGGACCCGACGGAGGAGGUGGAGAUCCUGCUGAGAUACGGACAGCAUCCCAACAUCAUCACCCUCAAGGACGUGUACGACGACGGCCGCUCCGUCUUCCUGGUGACGGAGCUCAUGAAGGGAGGAGAGCUGCUGGACAAAAUCCUGCGGCAGAAGUUUUUCUCUGAGCGGGAGGCCAGCGCCGUCCUCUACACCAUCACCAAGACGCUGGAGUACCUGCACGUACAGGGGGUGGUGCACCGAGACCUGAAGCCCAGCAACAUCCUCUACGUGGACGAGAGCGGGAACGCCGAGUCCAUCAGGAUCUGCGACUUCGGCUUCGCCAAACAGCUGCGGGCGGAGAACGGGCUGCUGAUGACGCCGUGCUACACUGCCAACUUCGUGGCCCCGGAGGUCCUGAAGAAGCAGGGCUACGACGCAGCCUGUGACAUCUGGAGUCUGGGAGUGCUGCUGUACACCAUGCUGACGGGCUUCACUCCCUUCGCCAACGGGCCGGAGGACACACCCGAGGAGAUCCUGGCUCGCAUCGGCAGCGGGAAGUUCUCCCUGAGCGGCGGAUACUGGACCUCCGUCUCCGCAGAGGCCAAGGACCUGGUGUCCAAGAUGCUCCACGUGGACCCCCAUCGGCGGCUGACGGCUGGUCAGGUCCUGAGACACCCGUGGGUGACGCACCGAGACCAGCUGCCCAAAUACACCCUCAACAGACAGGACGCCCCACACCUGGUCAAGGGAGCGAUGGCCGCCACCUACUCGGCCCUCAACAGGAAUGUCCCCCCCGUGCUGGAGCCGGUGGGCUGCUCCACUCUGGCCCAGAGGAGGGGUCUGAAGAAGAUCACCUCCACCGCUCUGUGACCUCUGACCCCUCCCUCAAUGUGACCUCCUUCUCCUGGCUGUGGUCCGGUCCGGAGGGGGACAGACUACUACUGAUAGAACCGCUAAACGCCAAAUAGGAACACAAAGACCCCCCCCCCCCCGCAUUGCACCUCAACGGACUCUUCUGAUUGGCUGGUUAUCUCUCAGCUAAAAACAUGUUCCUGUCUAUGCUCGGGACAAUCAAAGCCCUGCGGCCUGGGGAGGGAGGGAGGCUUGUAUCCUGCCACAGGGACACGUUAAUCUCAUGUUUGCAUUUAAAGCUGCAGGUCGCUGUAUUUAAACCUCAAGUAGCCUCUGACAUUAACGAGCAUCUAACAACAUUUUUAUGUUUUACAGGCAUAAAGAAAAGUCUUUAGGGAGCUCUUAUUUUGUAGAGACUUCCUGCGAUCCAGUAUUUUUACCUUCCGGUGACAAAAAAAACACAGAGAACAAAAAUCAAUCAAGCUUUUCGUCCUGAUCAGUUUCAAUUUAACUCAAAGAAACCGAGUGAAACAAAUAGAUCCCUGACUGUAAGUUAUGAAUAUUUUCCCGUGUGUGUGAGACAAAACCUGGGAGAACGAUUCUUAAUUUGCCUCGUUGAAACAUUUCGGGGAUUCACCUGAGCACAAAUGUGAACAAAAUCCGCCUUUUCUGUUUCCCGUUAUUCAUUUUAAAGCUGCACAAGAUGCUGAAACGUGUUCGUUUUCUUAUUUGACUUUAUAAUCCUGCAAUAGAUUUAUGCAACAAAAAGUACUCAGCUGUUACUAUAACGUAGAAGUAGCAGUUUUCUAAAUAUUAGUAUUUGUUAUGCAGAAUGACCACCUCUACCGGAUAAUAGUGAUAAAUACAUUGAUGUUAAUAUCAAUGCAAUACAAGUAUUCCUCACGUCCUUUUGUUCACUUUUCCAUAAACACAGCAAAGUAAAAUGUGGUACAAAGUAGUGGAAACCUUCAAAUAAAGUACAAGCAUAACCAGUAGUACUCGGCCCAAAGGCUUAAAGCCAUGAAACAGGAAGUUGUGUUAUUUUUAGGAUUCUUGUGCAGCUUCAACGUGACUCAAACUCCUCGAGGAGAACGUCCACAUUUUGCACAACGAACAACCGAGUCUUCUUCUCGAGGGCCCCCAUGUUGUGUUUUUUUUAUUCCGGCGGUGUCCCCGGUUACCCCCGGUUACCCCCGGUUACCGGUCGAGCUUCCUGCUUCCACAAAAAAAAAAAAACGACCGACCGUCUCCGUCUGCAGCGGACGGGACGGAGGAACUGUAAAUAUGUCUCCAUGUACGAGCAACUCAGGUUUCUAUGAA